CUCGCUUUUGCUCAGGCUGGUCUUGAACCCUGAGCUCAAAUAAUCCAGAGUGCUGGGACUAUAAGCAUGAGUCACCACACCCAGCCUAUAAAGGGGGAUUUCAAGGUACGCCUAUCUCCAGGGGACUGAGCCCUGAGACCUCAGGGUCAGGGCACACCCUUAUUUGGCUGGGUCUCUAUACCCUACUGAUGGCCUUCACCCCUUCUUGGUCUGUCUCUGGUUCCUUCCCUCUUCUCCACCUUCAACUUCAGAGAAGCUGAGGCGUCCUCAGACCCACUCCCUCCCACAGGGACAAGGCAUUUGACACCACCCAUCUACCCACCCCCCAAUCUGCCAUCUUGUUAAGCCUUCUGUGCACCAGCCUGGUCCCCCCAUGACCUGUGAGACAUCUGCCCCCAUUACAGGUUAAGUCCGGCUGGAGUCAGAUUGUGAGGAAGUGUUGUAAUGAGGAAGGGAGAUGAGGCAACCCGGGCAGGCAGCCUCACCCAUCACACUGGGCCCCACAUCCCAGAUCCAGCAGCCUCCCCAGGAGCCUCCCACAUCGCAGAGCUGGCCAUACCCCUUCUCCACUGAGAUCUCCCCCUCCUGUGCUGGCUUUCCAGCCCAGACUGACUUCCUGACAUCACCAGUGCCUGGAACAGUGCCUUCACUGGAGUCUCCAGCCCCCACCCUGUAUGCUGGCACGAGGAGCAGAAGCCACAGUUACUUCCUGAAGGCUGCAGCCCCGGCUCCUGUCCUAGUCAACCUGUGGCCCAUCGCCUGCCCACAGCCAUGGAGAGCCAACAGGACUUCCGGACCCUCCAAGCAAAGUUCCAGGUCUCUCAGGCUGAGCCCAGUGAACUCCCCAAAAAACCCCCAAAGCCUGAGUUCAACAAACUCAAGAAGUUUCCUCCGCCUGAGCUAAGCGAGCAACCCAAGAAGCCCUUGCAACUUGAGUCCAGUGCAGUGUCCCUGAAGCCUCUGCAGCCUGAGUUCCCUGACCUCCCCAAGAAGCCUUCCAAACCAGAGUUCAGUGAACUUUCCAAGAAGUUCCCACAGCUCGAGGCCACUGAGUUCCCCAAGAAGCCCCCACAGCCUGAGUUUGCUGACCUCCCCAAGUCCCCACAACUGGAUGGCACUCAAUUUUCCAGGAAGUCCCCACAGCCUGAGGUCAGUGAGGCCCCUCGGAAUGCCUUGCUACUGGAGCCCAGUACACUUGUCCUGAAGACCCUGCAGCCUGAGCUCUGCAAACCCGCCAGGCCCCCCUCAGAACCCAAAUUCAGUGCAUUCCCCAGAAAGUUACAACAGCCUGAAUCCAGUGAGACCACCCUGAAGCCCUCACAGCCCAAGUUUAGUACCUUUCCCAAGAAGCCCCCACAGCCUGAGUUAAAUGUGCACUCCAGAAAGCCCCCACAGCCUCAGGUCGGUGGCCUCCCUAAGAAGUCCCUGCCACAGCCCGACUUCAGUGAAGCCCCUCAGACGACGCUCUCAAAGCCUGAGUCCAGUGAGCUCCACCCCCAAUCCCAGCAGCCCAAUUUCAGUGCAUUUCCCAUAAAGACCCCCCAACCUCUGCUGAGUGACCUCCCCCAGAAGCCCUCACAGCCUCAGGUCAGUGGCCUCCCUAAGAAGUCCCUGCCACAGCCUGAGCUCAGUGAGGCCCCUCAGACGACCCUCUGGAAACCUGAGCCCAGUGAGCCCCAGCCCCUGUCCCCAAAGCCCAACUUCAGUUCCUUUCCAAAAAAACCCCCACAGCCUGAAUUCAAUGCAUACCCCAGAAAGCCCCCACAGCCUCAGGUCAGUGGCCUCCCUAAGAAGUCCCUGCCACAGCCCGACUUCAGUGAGGCCCCUCAGAGGACCCUCUCAAAGCCUGAGUCCAGUGAGCUCCACCCCCACUUCCCAAAGCCUGAUUUCAACGCAUUUCCCAAAAAGGCCCUGCAACCUCUGCUGAGUAACCUCCCCCAAAAGCCUCCGCAGCCUGAGUUUGGUGAUCUUACCAGGACAUCCUCAGAACCUGAAGUCGGUGUGCUUCCUAAGAGGCCACGGCAGCCAGAACUCAAAGUGCUUUCCAAGGCAGCCCUGCAGCCAGAGCUGGGCGGCCUCCCCAGGACAUCCUCAGAGCCAGAGUUCAGCUCACUCCCCAGGAGGUUUCCGCAGCCUGAGGGCAGAAGGCCACCACGAAAGUUCUCACAGCCUGAGCCCAACAAGCACCUGCAGGCUGAGAUUUUCUCCUAUCUUCCCAGAAAGCCCCUGCUUCCCAGCUCCAUUUCAGAGAGCUCACUACCCACCGCUGUUGCUGGCUCCAGCCACCCUGGGUUUGGAGCUGCUGGGACACCCCGCUGGAGGUCAGGAGGCCUCAAACCUGGUCAGCCACCCCGACGGAGGCCUCUGCCCUCUGUCAGCAGCCUGGGACCCCCUCCAGCAAAGCCCCCACUGCCUCCCAGCUCCUUGGACAUCCAGAGCUUUCAGAGAUUGUCCAGGGCAGCUGCAGAUCUACACAGGACUCGUUCUUCUACUGGGAUUCACUUCCAGGCCCCACAGUCUGAAGAUAUCCCACAGGACUUGGAGGAGAUCUAUGAGACGUACAACGAUGUGGAGCCCACAGACAACUCCAGCCCUAGCCCCAAAGGCAGAGGUGAAAUGCCAUGGACCCAGCAAGCCACCAGGAGACCAUCACAAGACCCAGUACCCAGGAAGGAGAAAGCUUCCCAGCCACAGCACUUGCCACCCACGGACCCGAAGUUGCUGAAGCAGAUAAGGAAGGCGGAGAAAGCUGAGAGAGAGUUCCGGAAGAAGUUCAAGUUUGAAGGGGAGAUUGUAGUUCACACAAAGAUGAUGAUCGACCCCAACGCCAAGACCCGCCGUGGGGGCGGCAAGCACCUGGGCAUCCGGCGUGGGGAGAUCCUGGAAGUGAUCGAGUUCACCAGCAAGGAGGAGACGCUGUGUCGGGACCCUAAGGGCAAGUAUGGCUACGUGCCCAGGACAGCCCUCCUGCCCCUGGAGAUGGAGGUGUACGAUGAUGUCGGCUUCUGGGACCCUCUGGAGAACCCACUAUGCCCCGGGGGACCAUAAAGCCCACAGGCCUGGGAGCUCAGGACAGCCACCAGCCCAGCACCUGCUCACCGAGGGGCCCCAGACUACAGCUUGACAAAGUCACAGGUUUCCAUCUGGCCACAUAAAAUACCUCUUUGAGCAA